AUGCGAAUUUCGAUAUUCGCGCUUUGCACAGUGCUGUGCUCCCGGGUACGCGCCCAGCCAUACGCCUCUGAAAUCACGUGGAUUUCAGCUACAACAACAUCCGUUGAGUGUUCAUGGCCACUCUCAGAGCCAACUGAGGUAGCCCAGGUCUACGGGAAACGCAGAUAUGGCGAUAUCCUCCAAGCCAGAGACACCACUGCGGCAGCAGAGGUGACGUCCACAGCCGACGCCACAACAGCCGAUGCCACAACCGACACAACAGCAGCAGAGACAACGGAGGCAACCUCAGCAGAAAAUACCACAUCAGAAAAGACCACAUCAGAGACAACAACUUCAACAACGGAGGCUACAACCGCAAGCCCCACAUCUGAAACUACCACCGAGACCACCGAGACCACCGAGACAUCAGAGACCCCCACAUCUACCACCGAGACAACUAGCUCGACUGCCAGCAGCUCUUCGGUGGCGGCCAGCAGCACCUCAGCGACAACAAGUACCCCAACGUCAACUAGCAGUGCGUCAUCGACGACGAGUGCUACUCCAACAGCGACCGGCUCCAUGAGCAAAGCGGAGCUAGCCGACUGGAAUCACAAGGGUAACAUCGCAGCGAUUGUAUUUGGCGCUUGUUUUAUCGCGAUAUUCCUCGGCGUCGCCAUAGCUUACUACGCGCUUGGUCGAGCAAAGGCACGACGAAUUGCGGCUAACCAACUGGCGGAUUCCAGUCAGUCGUACUCGAAGAUACCCCUUGUGGCCGUAAAAGAACCUCCGACUGAUCUUGAGGUUAACCGAUCCUCUACAAUGUACACCAACAACCCGCAGGCGCAAUAUUUCCCUGCAGGCGGCGCCCCAUCAGUGUCAAAUUACAGCGACACUCCCUCCGCGGUCUCUCCAAUCACGGCGGAUCAUUCAUUCCCCAGGGAGCACAUACCGCGAGGACACCAAUGA